GCCGCCGUGGGCGCCUCUCCUCCGCCAUGGCAUCAGUUUUGAAUGUCAAGGAAUCCAAAGCUUCUGAAAGAACGGUUGUAGUUGCUGGUCUGCCGGUUGGCCUUUAUAAUGAUCUAUCACUGACCUUAUUACUGAAGAGUCACUUCCAAGAUAUUAAGAAUGAGGGCGGAGUUGUUGAAGAUGUGAUGUAUCCAACAGGAAUCAAGGGAGUUGCAUAUGUAACAUUCAAAGAAAAAGAAGUUGCAGAGAAUGUCAUCAGAAAAAAGAAACACAAUCUGGCAGAGAAGGUUGGACCCAUUCAACUCACAGUCUCUCAUUUUAGUGAGAAGGUUUUCAGCUCUGUAUGUGCUAAUCUGGAUCUCUCCAUUUUUCGGUGCCAAGUCCCUCUGGAAAGUCUGGUGAAGGACCUGAAAAGGAAACUUCCAAGUUUAUGCUUCCAUCCUUUGGAACACAAUGGAAGAAUCUCCGUUCAAGGAUCAUUUCUGGCCAUCAAGAAGCUCCAUGAGUUUUUGCUAUUAAAAGCAAGUUCUUUGUUAGAAAAAAAUGGGAGUUUUAUCAAUGAGGAGAAAAAGUGGAAUAGACAGAGUCCCAGAAGGAGUCUACAGAGAAGUAGUAACUCUUUGGAGUCACCCAGGUCCUCAGUGCCUGAGACUACUAGACGUGGAGAGACACUUGUUCUUGAUACAGAUGUUUUCCUUUACCAGAAAAAGAAAGGCUUUUAUGAAUCCACAUCGAAAAGAUUUCAUGUGCUAUGUCAGGAGAGAGUGGAUGGUGAAAUUACCACAAUUUGCAUAAAAAAUGCUCAAGAUGGUUUGCAGCCAAACAAUGAAAAACUUGUAAAAGAGUAUAUUGAGAAACAUUCACAUGCCCUUCACUUUGAGCUUAGAAAAGAGACAUUUGAUUUGGAAGGAAAGGAAAAGAGAGAGAAAAGAAAUAUUAAGUUGGCAUGUGAACAACUAAGAUGGAGGUACCAUCAGGUUCUGAUUAAUUUUUCUGAGACACACAUUGACAUUAUAGGAUCUUCUUCUGAUGUUUACUUGUUUCAAAAAGAGGUCAAGAAAUUAUUAAGGCAGACAGUUAGGUGAUAGAAUCUCAGCAAUAGUGAUGAUAACGGCUGCUGCUUUUCCUUACCAAGCAGUGACGAUGCCAUGCAUGACGCUAGCUUUAUGCACUUUCCCUCAUUUAAUCCUUGCGACCAUCCUUCAUUGUAGGCAUUGCUAUCCUCAUGUUAUAGGGGAAGAAACUAGGAUCUGGAGAGGUUCAAAAACUUAUCCAAGCUUAUCUAGCUGGCAAGAAAUGGGGCUAGGGUUAAACCCAGUCUAUGCGACCACAAAGGUAAUAUCUAAGGUAUAAAACUUUGAAAAAAACUCACUAAACUUUGAAGAAAUCUCACUUUCUCUGCAACAACAAAUUCUUAGAAAAAGAAGUAGUCUUAAUUCUAAUAUAUGAAAAGUUUAGAUGAUGAUUAUGCCAUUGGCAAUUUCUUAGCAUUUACAAAGUUUGCAUUUACUCUAAAUAGAAUAAGAAUGCUGGCAAGCCCUGGCUGGGUAGCUCAUUUGGUUAGGGCAUUGUCCCCAUACGCCAGGGUUUCGGAUUCGGUCCCCCGUCAGGGCACAUAUGGGAAUCAACCAAUGAAUGCAUGAAUGGGUGGAGCGACAAAUCUAUGCCUCUCCCCCCCUUCUAAAAAUCAAUAAUUAAUCAUAAUAAUAAAAGAAUGCCGGAAAAAGUCACUUGAGAAGCUACUUGGGAAGUAUUUUUGAUGCAGGUUAAAUCAUUACUUGGUUAAAUCCCAUUGGUACAAGGCUACCAGACAUAUGGGAAGUUUUUAUUUAGCCUAACCAAGUGCUUACGUAAAAUGUUGGUUCUCCUGUUAAAGAUAGUGUAGUGUCUUUUUCCCCUUUAUCUCCCCUUUUACUUUAUAAUUGUAUCGAUAAAGCAACGACAUUGGAGUAGCUAAAUCAUGGAUGAUAAGAAUAAUAAUAUGGGUACUGGAAAUAUUGGGGCAAAUCACUUUGUAAAGUAUAUGAUUGUCUAACCACUCUGCUGUACACUAGAAU